AUGAGGGACCUGAACCGGAAGAAGUCGAACGAAGAGCAGCGAGUCAACGGUUACGAGUGCGAUCCGAUCGCAGAAACGGACCUCGAAUCUUCGACCUCGAAGGUUCACCCAGAUCAGUCACACGGUGCACGGUUUCGAUCGAUUACGAACGAUUCGGAGAGUGAAGGGAAAUGUUUGCAACCGUGUCCGCUUCUGUGUCCGCAGAACAACGAGGAGCUGUCCGAUCCGUACUGCGUCGAGGAGAGCCCCAACAAGAUCACGUUCGAGGACAUCACGUCCGCUGCGUUCAAGAUCAAAUGCGGGAUCAUCAACACCCCUUGCGUGAAAUCGCGCCUGUCGGACGCGAUCGGCAUCGACCUGUACCUGAAGAAGGACUUCCUCCAAGCGACCGGAAGCUUCAAGGAGAGGGGCGCGAGGUACGCUCUGGUGAUGCUGAAGGACGAGCAGAAGAGGAUCGGCGUGAUCUCGGCGUCGUUGGGUAACCACGCGCUUGCCCUCUCAUAUCACGGGAACAAGCUCGGUAUACCGGUGACGGUGGUGAUGCCGGUGCUUGCGCCGAUCAUGAAGAUCGCCGCCUGUCGUCAAUACGGCGCGAACGUGAUCGUCGAUGGCCUCGACAUGGGAGAGGCAAAGCGUAUCGCGCUCCGCCAAGCGAAGGAGAAAGGCCUGACAUACGAUCACCCGGAUAUCAUGGCAGGACAAGGGACUCUGGGUCUCGAGAUCGUCGAGCAGGUUCCCGACAUAGACGCGGUGGUCGUUCCAAUCGGUGGCGGCGGUUUGAUCGCGGGGGUCGCUCUAGCCGUGAAGACCCUUCAUCCGAACGUGAUGAUCAUCGGCGUUGAGUCGGAAAGGUGUCCCAGUUUCUACAUGGCGCGAAAAGCAAAUCGACCGAUCCAGACAGCCAUAGAUUCGACUCUGGCGGAUGGCCUGGCGGUACCAAAGGUGGGCUGCAACGCCUUCGCCACCGCGAAUCCGUUGAUCGACAAGCUGGUCGUGGUGAAGGAGGAAUGGAUAGCGAUCGCGAUCCUGAAGCUGGUCGAGAACGAGAAGUGUAUCGUCGAGGGAGCUGGGGCCACCGGCCUGGCCGCCAUCUUGGCCGGCCAGCUCGAAGAGCUCAAAAGCAAAAGGCACGAGGUUUGCUCGAGGACUAGCUAG